UUCUCCGAAAUGAACCCGGCCGGCUUCAUAUAAUAAUUAACGAGUAGUCAAAAAGUAGAAACAAUAGGAGACACAUAAUUUCAUAACAGACAAAUAACACAUCUCCACGUGUCCUCCCGUAACCUAAAAUUCCAACAACCACCGUUGAUUUAUCACAAACCCCCUUUCCUAUCUACAAGAAAUGAAAAACUUCACCAACCACAAAAACUAAACGUUUCAUACAAAGAAAAAUUCUUUAGCACUAAAUCUCUCUCUAACUUUUUCCCUUUUCAUUCUCUCCUCUCAGUAAAUGAGUCGUUCACAGGAUCCACACCCAUCUCGUUCUAUCUUCCCUUUUGGAAACCCUUUUCGGAUGAAAUCACAUAAAGGCUCUCACUUGUCUCCACAAUUACUUGGAGUACUACAAGGUUUCGAGACAACAUUAGCAGAGAGGCUAAGGAAGCUUAUGCCUAAAAGCAAGGAUGAAAUCCUCAGCUUGUCUUGGAUGACUUUUGCUAUCAAGUCACUUUGUGAAUCUCACAAUGACAUCCGAACUCUUAUAACAGAUCUUGAUCUACCUGUGAGUGUUUGGGAUGACAAAUGGGUUGAUGUCUACUUUGACAUAAGUACAAAGUUACUAGACAUUUGCAACGCAUUUAGUUCUGAGCUUUCACGUUUGAAUCAAGGCAACCUUCCUCUUAAGUGUGCCCUGCACCAUUUAGGUCCAGCCUCAUCAAAGUCGUUUAUUCGGGCCUGUUCUUUGCUCGAUGAUUGGAGGCGACACAUCAAUGCUAAGAAUCCUAGAAUUGAGAAAUGUAGCGCCGUUUUAGAUGGUCUUGUCGGAUCACUUGAUCUUCCUAAGGUCAAAAAUUCUGCUAAGGGUAAGGUUUUGAUGCAAGCUAUGUAUGGAGUCAAGGUGGAGACUGUAUUUGUUUGCAGUGUGUUUUCUGCAGCAUUCUCUGGCACUUCAAAGAAAUUGUUAGACUUGGAUGUGGCUGACGUUUAUGCAUGGGCACCAGCUUUUAAAAGUUUACAGAAUCUUGUAAAUGAAGAAAUUAGGAUUAGGUUUUCCAGUGGGAAAUUUUCUGUAUUGAACGAGUUGGAAGCAGUUGAUGCCGUUGUGAAGGAAUUAUAUCCUACUAUCCAAGGUGAUGUAAAUACCGAAGACAAAGUUGAGCAAGAAUCGCAUCUGAAGACUGUUGAGGAAUUAGGCGUGGCUGCAGAGAAGCUUUCCCAAGGAAUGGAUCUCCUUGCAAAGGGCGUAGAUGAGUUCUUCCAAGCUGUUUUGACUAGUCGUGAUACUUUGCUAUCGUCUCUGAGGUUCGACAAAACUGUAAAUGAUCGUGUUGUUGGCCGUAACAUGGAUCAGCAAGUAGUCUACUGACUAUACACUAGUCUAAUUCUGUUUCUGGUAGAUGUUGAUGUGUCGUGGGGUUUUCUGUUUGUAUCGGUAGUAUUUGGUCCUAUUUGGUUUGUUAUAUUAAAUGGUAGUAUGGGUUGUAGGUUUUUUUAUUAUAGUAUGGUUGAGCUUAAAUGUAUAUGUGUGAGUGGGGUGUUAUCUAUUAUGUUGAACAAUAUAAAAUAUAUAAGAAAUUUUAUUAUGGCUA